GUAAUGCGUCGUGCUCAUGGAGGGCAUGUUUUACAUCCGACGAGUUUGACAGAUAAGUAAUUCAAUAAAAUGUCUGUUUUGAGGAUGAUCGAAGGAUUCUUAUUAAAUGUGGAUGUUCGUCAAAGUCUGGAGUAUUACUGCAAGCUGAGAAUCAUGCAUACAUUCCGUGGUGACUUGUGUGGUAGGUAGUGAAAACUGAAAGACUAGACAUUCUGUUUUCCUUCGUCGUGCAAACACUGACUGUACUGCAUGCUGUGACUCCAUCCAUGCUGUGAUUUAGAAUGCUGUUAACAGGACGUGUUCAUCGUGAUCAUGUCCUCACUUUUGAUGUCUUUGGAUGAUCUUCUUCCACGAUACAACCAAUGUGUGCUGUUGUUCCUGGUCAAGGUCAAUCAAAGGUCAUGCUACAGAGGGAACAUCUUCAUUACAUCUUAAACAUGAUCCACACAGAUAAUCAUCAUUCUAUGUUACCAGUGACCAGGAUACCAGCUGUCCUGGUUCUCUCCUUGUUCUCAUUGGUCCAUAUUCAUGCUCGACAUACUACGAUACACCCAGGUGUUCAAGGCUUGUCGGAUACCAAGACGUCGUACAAAUACAUUGAUAAGUUAAGUCUAUCAAAUGACAAUAGACGAGAGAUUCAGGAGAUACUGCUGGACGCCGGCGCCCAGCAUGAAAAGCUGCUAGCAGAGUACAAGGCAGAGACAUACAGACCAUUGACCAUCGAUGAGAGGAUUUCCGAGGCCCAAGUUCUACUUCUGACCAAUCUGCCUGCUGCGGCCACGUUACUUGAAGAUACGCUUAGCUUCCCAGAAAUAUCUACUGAGCAGAAAGUGAAGUAUAUAGGAUUUGAGGCAUUGCAUGGUUUGAAUAGUACAGCAAAUGGGUCCUUAACUCGCCCACAACUCACUGACCUAGAGAAGUCCAUCAGUCAACUCUCAAACAUCAAGUCACCUGAUGCUCCUACAACUCAUGGCCCCAUGACGCCUCCUCACACCUACGAGCAUGAAAGCAACUCAGUACAGACGGAAAUGUGGCAGAGUCACCAGCGACCUCUGAACCGCCAGGCCUCAGACUCGACCUUUGACCGGGAAAAACCCAUCAGUGUGAGUCAGCAGAAGAAUCUCCACCAGGCAACUCAGACCCCGGCGUACGUGGCUUCCCUUCCUCCAUCUGGAUCUUCCCAUGACCACAUAACCAACCUCUCCUCGUCUUCGUCUCGAGAGAGAGACACCAAGAGAGUCUUGGCAUACGUGCUUCACACCUACCUCCACACCACCACAAUCCAAUCCCAACCCACAACGGUCCCAACAACCAUCCAAACAACGGUCCCCACAACGAUACCCACUGACCUGUCUCGUGAUUCUGGCUAUGCCUCGUCUCUUUGCUCCACUUUAACUGGAAAUGAACCCACACAAAACAUCAAUGUCACUCGUAGUGUCGAGGCCGAUGGUAGUGAGGUCACUACAACCACGACAACGGAAUGCAAAAAGAAGACAAUCUAUGUGUUUCCUGGGAAAGAGGGUUUUGAUAUGAAGAAACUUCCCUCGUUGCUUAUGGAAGAAAUCAAGAAAGAUGAGAGUGGGGGGCUGCAGAGCCGUUUAAUGGAACUCAUGAAGGAGAAGGGGGUUGGGGGAAGUCCAAAACAAAAGCGUAAAGUACAAUCUGAUCAAAGGCAGUUCUCUAAUCGUAAGAAGGAAUCGUCCACAGUUCAUUCAAUGUCGCAUAAGCAGCAAGCCCAUACACCAGAUACAAAGUUGAGGGGGGAUCUACUAAAAACAGUUGAGACUAGUGAGAGAGAUUCAAGUGGACUUUCACCUCACAAUUCCUCUGGGAACUUCCCUGAUUCUCAGAGUACUAACACUAGAGACUUCUCAUCUCAGUUCAUUUCUGUUCCUUCCUCUCCAAUAAUCUCCUCAUCUAGGAGACACAAUAAUCACCAUCUCUCCUCCAUGACAACCUCACCAAAUCCUCUUGAGAGAUCCCUUCCCAAAACCACAAUACUGAAACCUUCCCUCAGUCAUACAAAUCAGCCUUCCAAUAAGGAUAAACCAUAUCAUGACCCUCACCAUCAGACACACCCAGUAGAUUCCGUUGACCACAAAACAUCCAAAUCAUCUUCAAGAAAAGUCUGGUCCCAGUCCCUUCCCAACAGUGUGUCUUAUAAGAAGCAUGAUAAUGAGGAGGGCCCUUCCAAGAUGGAUCGGACUGAGGCCUUAGGGUCUCCUCAUGAACAAGGUUUCACCCCUAAUCACAAUCAAUCAUCCAACCAAGAGGUGAGUUCUAAGAGAGCAACUGUUGAUGCUGGAUAUUAUCAUUCCCUUCCUAAGGGUAGAUCCUCAGACCUAUCAAAGGGUCAUGAAGACAUAAAGGAUUCACCUGUUCAAGAUGGUUCACAAAUACACAUUAAACAAACUCCAUCUGGGUUUGAACAUUCAACUCAUAACUCAAUGUUUUACUCUCUUCCACGAUCCCAACAUCCUAACCAUAACAAAACUCCUGGUGCUGGUCUAACCUCAACCUCAAACUUUUCCCACUCACUUGGUUCUACCUCACAACCAAAACACUCUCACAUCCUGGACGGUAAUCAAACAAUCUCAGGGCAAAGGGGGAAGCCCAUGACUGACCCUGCACCCUUUAUGGAUGAUACCCAACUCUUUCAACCUGUUCCCUCGUAUCAAUGGGUUAUGCAGCGCAUAGGGGAACUACGAAGUAAGUCACAAGUUAACAUGCAUGAUCAAAGGGAGGGUAGAGAAAAUCACAGUUCACAAUCCAAGUCAGAUGGGAGACACUAUAGGGAAACCCAGGGUGGUACAAGAUCCAAAAGCACUGACAGACUGUCUGACCGAACACACUACACCAGAGACAUCCAGGGGGAUUCUCGUUCUAAAAGCACUGAACGGGUACCUGAUAGAAACCAGUUUUACAGGGAAACCCAGGGUGGUACAAGAUCCAAAAGCACCGAGAGGGUACCCAAUGAAAGCCAGUUUUACAGGGAAACCCAGGGUGGUACAAGAUCCAAAAGCACCGAGAGGGUACCCAAUGAAACCCAGUUUUACAGGGAAACCCAGGGUGGUACAAGAUCCAAAAGCACUGACAGACUACACCACACCAGAGACAUCCAAGGGGAUUCUCGUUCUAAAAGCACUGAACGAGUACCUGAUAGAACCCAGUUUUACAGGGAAACCCAGGAUGGUACAAGAUCCAAAAGUACUGACAGACUGUCUGACCGAACACAGCACACCAGAGACAUCCAGGGGGAUUCUCAUUCUAAAAGCACUGAACGGGUACCUGAUAGAACCCAGUUUUACAGGGAAACCCAGGGUGGUACAAGAUCCAAAAGCACUGACAGACUGUCUGACCAAACACACCACACCAGAGACAUCCAGGGGGAUUCUCGUUCUAAAAGCACUGAACGGGUACCUGAUAGAACCCAGUUUUACAGGGAAACCCAGGGUGGUACAAGAUCCACAAGCACCGAGAGGGUACCCAAUGAAACCCAGUUUUACAGGGAAACCCAGGGUGGUACAAGAUCCAAAAGCACUGACAGACUGUCUGACCGAACACAGCACACCAGAGACAUCCAGGGGGAUUCUCGUUCUAAAAGCACUGAACGGGUACCUGAUAGAACUCAGUUUUACAGGGAAACCCAGGGUGGUACAAGAUCCAAAAGCACCGAGAGGGUACCCAAUGAAACCCAGUUUUACAGGGAAACCCAGGGUGGUACAAGAUCCAAAAGCACUGACAGACUGUCUGACCUAACACAGCACACCAGAGACAUCCAGGGGGAUUCUCGUUCUAAAAGCACUGAACGGGUACCUGAUAGAACCCAGUUUUACAGGGAAACCCAGGGUGGUACAAGAUCCAAAAGCACUGAGAGGGUACCCAAUGAAACCCAGUUUUACAGGGAAACCCAGGGUGGUACAAGAUCCAAAAGCACUGACAGACUGUCUGACCGAACACACCAUAAUAGAGAUGUCCAGGGAGGUGUACAAUCCAAAAUCACCCAAAGGGUACCCAAUCAAACCCAGUACCAAAGGGAAACCCAUGUAGGUUCACAUUCCAAAAGCACUGAGCUACCCUAUCAAACCCAGUAUUAUAAGGAAACCCAUGGGCACUUAGAUCAUGAACAGGGAAUAACUGAAACAGUUCGUGGUCGUCCUCUUGAUAGAUCAAAGCAUAGGUCAGAGAAAAGAAGCCAAAGCCAGAAUCAUGAUGUGUGGCAGAGAAGGGACGAGAGAGAUAACAGUCAAACUGAACAACAGGCUGUAUCUGCUGAUAGGUCAAGAUUGUACGCUACGGAUUACCAUGACAACUCAACCAGAAUGGAGGGAGGGACUGCUGGACAUUCAAUCGGCAGCAAUAACUACGGGACUAUUCAAUCUAGACACACUAACCAUAGCAACAAUGCUAAUCCUGCCAGUGUUGUAACUUCAGGGAUGUCACAUGGGGAUCAGACUAACCACAAUGUUAAUAACAUUAACCUCAUGGCUGGAUUGGAAGAUGCCAUACGCAUGCUGUCUGAAUGGACCCAUUUACAAAAUCAAGAAUUGACAAACCCUGGGCCUUCCAAUAGCCCACCUUACACUAAACAUAACACGCAUGUGAGUGAAGUGAUGCAUAGAGACAAUGUAACUGCCCCAACCAGGGAGCCUAACCUAUCCAAUGGGUGGAUUGGUCAUAAAGCUAACUACCAGUCACAUACUCAACAACAUAGGCAACCAGGGAGUGUGGGACCAGCUAAGGAGGAGACGUUUCAGAAAAUGGAUCUGCACAUUGAUGAAUCUCAAAUUAAAGAGCCACUCCAACCUCAAGGAAGAGGAAUGGACGGGAUUAAUGAUGUGAACAACCGUGAGCAUCCCACGAAGAGCCAUCCCCCAACAGGUCCUGUUGCCAAACCCAGUAAGGGUAAACAGAUGCCAAGACGUACUCCUCAUCAGUCUGGUUAUGAUUCAGACUCCGCUGUACAGCAGCAUUAUGAGACACCGAUAUCUAAUCAUCCUAGAAGGGCUCCCUCGCCUGAGACGUGGCUACAAAAUCCAGGAGGUGUGCCAGUUCAUGAAAGUGAAUACUGGAACCGGAUGGAGGGUCUGAAAUCACCCAACCCCAAGGAGCAGUGGGCUCGUAAACCAGAACAACAAGAUUACAACUCAUCAAGUGAAAGCUUACAGAAUGGGGGUGUCACUCCUAGAUUCCCUGUGGGACCAAAGGCCUACAAAAACAUGUUGUGUACUCCAAUUGCAAUAGUUGGACGUCCACCACACGGCCCGGAUGCUCCCUACCCUCUGUCACCAAUCAAACGAGACGAUAGAGACGUGUUAGACACUUCUGGACUUCAACUCAGUCCAAGCCGUCAGCUGACAACCCACACUGCAUCUCCAAUGAGUGUAGACUCCCCGAUGUCAACAUCAGCCCACAACACUACCCCAGGAACUCCUGAAAUCAUCACUAUCACCCGUAAACGGAUUGUUCAGAAUGAGGUGACGUACACCCAGUGUGAGCCUGUAGAGGUACCCCCACCUCGCCCUCAGCUACCCAUCAUGGCUACUGUAGAGAGGCUACCUGCCCCAACGGUCCAAACAGUCCCAACGGUCCAAACAGAGAAGAGGGUUCCACAGAAUGGACAGCAUUACCCUGUAGAGGUGAAGGUAGAUCGGAUACCAGUUACAAACUACAGCAUACAAGAACCAGUCAUUGACAGUAAGACUCCUGGAAAACCCCAUCAUCCCGUUGGUGGGUUCCCCCUGUCACCCAGAAAGGAGGUUACCUUCCAAGAUGCCAGAGGGGGUGUGUCUGAAAAGCCUACCGGCCCACAGGCUCUUGCAGGUAGCAAAGACUCCCCUAGUUUUGUCCAGGAACAGGAAAUUGUUCCAACCAAGAUAGUGCCUAAAGAAGUGGCCCCAACGUGGCCCAUUGAACUUGAAGUGCACAUCAAGAAUGAAGGAAUGGGUCCUGCAAUCAGCGAUGUGGAAGUCAAAGAUACUGCACCUAUAUCUCAGAGCAGCCCACAACCCAUAUCCUCCAGUAUACAGUAUUACAAGCAGACAACGUAUAUCCAGGAACCAGUCUCUCCUGCUACUCAACUUCAACCACUUGAGGAUAAGAUACAACCUAUUAUGAUUGUAGAGCCUGAACUGCAGCAGGGGGCAGUAAUACAAAAGGAGCCCAAUGAGUUACCCUUCAGCAGCGCAAAUCUUUCUGCUCAGUCUCCUCCUCCGCAGUAUCCUACUUAUAGUGAUCGAAUGAAGAACAAACCUCCACCACCUAUGUAUCCCACCUUCAGUGAUCGUCAUCGUAAAGCGGCUACCGGUAGAACAGAAGAAGUGUCUCCUCAGGUAGCUAAUGGAUAUCAUACCAUGAAUGACGACCGUGGCUCUGGAAGAGUUAAAAGAGCUUCUACUGGAAGUGAUGGGAUGUGGCCAGUUCGGUCGCCCAAUCAGAGGAAAGCAUCUGAUGGAGGAGCAGGUACCCCAAUAAGUGGUCGUACAACGCCAUCCAACUUCUAUCUUAUGCAGCAUCCAUCACCUUAUUCAAGCUCUCUCUCAUUAGCUGAUACCAGCUUGGACAAGGUGAGGUUUGUCAAGGAUCUUUCAGCUUGGUGGUACAAGCCACAUAUCUCCAGAGAUGAAGCCAUUACAAUGCUGAAGGACAAAUCACCAGGGACAUUUGUUGUCAGAGACAGUAAUUCUUUCCCAGGAGCCUUUGGUCUCGCUGUCAAGGUGGCACAGCUCCCUCUGAAUGCCCCACCAAGCAAGAAAGCUACAGAUCCUGCCAGUGAGCUUGUUCGUCAUUUCUUGAUCGAGCCCAAUCCACAUGGUGUCCGACUGAAGUGAUGCGCCAAUGAGCCGAUAUUUGGCAGUCUGUCUGCUCUGAUAUAUCAACACACACUCACACAGCUCGCUCUACCUUGUAAACUCCAGCUCCCAGAAACAGAUCCUUCAGGUACUGAUGCUACAGAUAGUGAUUUGGAUUCCAAGUCGGCUCAUAAUCUACUGUCCCAAGGCGCAGCUUGCAACGUUCAGUUUCUGGGAACAGUGGAGAUGGAAUCGUUAACGGGCCCUAGUGCAGUAGGUGAAGCUACUACAAGGAUCGUGAAUUCUAAUGAGAAACCUAAGAGGGUGGUUGUACACUUCAAGGUGUCACUCAAGGGCGUCACAAUCACAGAUAAUCAGAGGAAGUUAUUUUUCCGUAGGCAUUACCCAGUGGAGUCAGUAUUAUACUGUGGAAUGGACUCUGGAUCAAGGAAGUGGAAGAGGAAAGACGGAUCAGAUCAAAAUGAAGCAAAAAUAUUUGGUUUUGUUGCGCGUAAACCAGGCUCUAAGACAGACAACCAGUGUCAUGUCUUUGCAGAGUAUGAAAUUGAGCAGCCUGCUUCGGCCAUCGUCAGCUUUGUCACCAAAGUACUUCUGGGUUCCUUCCAGAAUCAGGCCAAGACGCCUUGAUGUCCUCGCUGCUGUUUGAGAAGAGCUAUAGUCUCCUUAAUAUGCCAUGCUGCAUUGUGUAGGAGCACUUUAGUUUGACAGCUACUAAUGGCAAAUAUCAAGGCCCAAAAAGUUUGCUACGUUCUGAAAAAAGUGUUCAAUUUUUAAACACUGGAAACCUUGACAGAGAGCUGACCUUUUGUAUGGCACUUUUCAAAGAACAGAAUGCCUUGUAAAGAGGAAAAGUCAAAUGAAUUUAUUCAAGUGGUGAUUUGGACUGAAUCUUCAACUUGUUGGAGUUGUCAGUGGUUAUGCUUUCUCUUAUUAGCAACCAGUAAUGGAGCAUGCUAAUAGAUUAACGCAAGUUUACAAUUUAAAGAAUCAUUUUAAAUCUCAAGUAUGGAUCGGUCCAUUGUAAUGAAACGGGUAGCAUAUUAGGAAUGAAAAAAUAACCUUUUUUCUUUGAUGAGUUUGUUGAAAGUUAAUAAUUGCCAAAUAUGUAAAUAAUUCAAGUAUCUGACUAACGUACUUAUCAUUUGUAAUCUUCGGAUGAAUCUAGAGUUCAAUGACAAAUGUUUUUAGAGUUAAAACUCACAGAAUUUAUAUUUAACACCAAACUCAAUGUGUUCAGAAACUUGUAUUCAAUUCUACUAAAUCUCAAUUUACAGAUAGUUUGUUUUGAAAAAUACUACUCACUUUUUAAAUGUAUUAAAAAAAACCAAUAAACAAAUAUAUACUUAUGUGGAACGACAAAAUAAUUUGGAAGAGGACAUUUUUCUCUUAAACUUUUUAACAAAAUUAUAUUUUAUUGUAGUGCCAAUAUUGUUUGUUUGACUUGACCGUUAUUUGAAGGAUCUGGAAGGAUAAUACAUGUUUUAUUAUGUUUACUGAUAAAUGCAAUAUUUUAAGGCAUGAUUUGUUGUUGUAGUUCAACCAAAGGGAUGCAGUUCAGCCCCAAGUUUUUUAAACCAUUUCUCUUAAAGCGCUUCCUGAUUAUUUGUUACCCAAUGUUUUUCAUGUAAGUCAAGCAAAUCUAGUUUUGUGUUCUCUGUCAAGCAUGAAUAUAAACAAAUAUUAAAAAUUAAAAAAAUGCCAAUGAAAACUAAAAAACUAUUAUCAUUAGACCCUAUUUUACCCCAUCCUUUCCCGAAACUCCCUUGUGAUGAGCAUAAACUGUACAUGUAUAAUAGUUUUAACUUGCUAGAACCUCAGCAUGUGUAUAAAAGAUUUGGAGAGUUAAAAUAAUAGAGAUUAAUAUUUAUUGCAAUUUAGCACUACUGUGUUCAUUUGACGUUUUGAACAGUUACUAAUUUUGUUGUAUUAUGGAUGUAAUGGAGUUCCUUUGUAAAAGAUUAUUUAUCUACUUUAUGCCCUGACGAACUGAGCUGUCUCAUUUAGACAAAUUACAUUUACAACCUAAAAGAUUGUUUUGGUUUUCAGGCUAUAUGGUUGCAGCUGUUGUUAUUGGCCUCCUAUGCUUUAAAGUAUGCUCAAAUGGCAAUCAAACCAAACAAUCUUUCAACAUAAACAUUAGUAGAUUAAAACAAAAAUAAUUAUGUCUUUCGGAGGAGAAUAUUUUACAAAUUAUUUUUAAUCAUUUUAUACUUUGAUCAUGGAGGUAGAAAUGGAUCACAAUUUAUGUUUUGGUCCAAAGUACUGUUUUGGUGAAAUUUCUGAACAAAACAAACCUAAACAAAUACACUAUUAACAAAUUGAGUGAACUUCAAUUGCAGCAAAGUUAAAUCAUGCAUAAUUUCUUUGUAAAAUCAAGAAUUGUAAGGACAACAUUGAGCUGUUUACAUAUUAUACAUGCAAGAUGUCCAGGAUUGGUGACUCUUAAAACCAAUGUGAUGUCACAGGACACAUAUCAAUUUUAAGUUAUUUUAUUUAUUUUUUCUUAACAUAAAUCACCAUGGUUUUCUUGCAAAGAAUGGGUCUUGCAUUCUUUUUAUUCAUAUUUUAUUCAAGCAAUUUGAGCUAAUUUGAAUCAGUAUGUUUUCAAGUAGAUUUUGUUAUACUGAACUCUAUCAUAAAAUGUUUUGUAGAAGGACUUUUUAGAGUAACGAUUAGGUGAAGUUAUAUUAAUGAGCUCUGUACAGACAUUAUUUUGUAUUUUAUUGUAAAUACUGAGCAUUGCCCGAUUCUGCAAUUUCUAGAAAUGAUUUUGUAUAUCAUUGUUUGUUUAGUUCUAAUCAACAGCCACAUGUAUGAACAUUUUCUUGUUGUUUUCCUCUUUACUAUGAGUGGUGUUUGUAGUUGCAAACUCUCAGUUCAACAUAAUGGGUUUUGUUCACACACAGUUUCAUUAAACUGAUCGUACAAAUCAGUGUCCAACUUCAAGUGAAGAUAGUUCAAUUCUUGUAACUAAAACCUCUUUAGGGAUUGAUACAAUGACUGCUUUAGUGUAGAACUGAGGCUAACUUUAUUUGGGCAGAAGUAUAAAUUCAGUCCGAAACUAAUGAAGUAGUUUAACCUGGUUAAAGGUAUUCACUUUUUCUUGGAUGUAGCCACUGCCAAAGUAUUUCAGACAAGGCCUUCGUACACUCUUAAAACUGAAGUUUGAAGUCAAGACUUUGGAGAAUUCUUUAACUUUGGAAGGUGAUAAAUCAACUGAGAUUUAAUUAAAUUUUUACUGUGAAAUAAACCUUUUAUUUGAGUCACAUUGGGAUGUAUUAAGGAGUUUCACUGACCAAAGUUUUGAGUAAACACUUGAGUUUUAGUGUACAUAAGAAGUGCUUAUUGUAAUGGUAGGCAUUACAAAACCUGCAUGUAUAGCUCAUUAUAAUAUUAUAAUGAUAGAUGUUUUUUAUGCAAAUGAAAUGCCUAACAACCAAUAGGAGUAGUGAUGUUAAUGUAUUCAGUAAUAUGCAAAUUCUAAUGAUGUUAACAGUGAUACAACUAACGUAUUACAAACCAAUGCUGAGCCCAAUGUACUACUAUCAUGUUGCAUUUGUCGUUUUGAAAUAAACACUUUAAAUUCUAUCUACA